AGUCUUGAAGUUUUGUAGUUCGUAGUUCGUGGCUGGCUGUCUGUGAGGUUUCUCGGUUUCAGAUAAGUGAUCGCUUGUACAUUUGUCUCCGGGUAGAAAGUUUAUUUGUACUCGAAAUCGUAAUGUUUUUGCGAUAUCUACGACAACAGUCAGUAUCGGAGUCUACUUUUCAAUAAGAGUUUGUUACGAUAGAAGUGAUACGUGUGAAACGUCUGUGGAUAAUUACAUAUUUCACGCAUAAACGUGUGCGAAGUUAGUUUUAACCUCCCAAGAAAGAGUGAAGCGGCACAUCGAACGUUGGUUAAUUAAAGAAGCAAAAGUGAUUUAAUAAGGUCUACAAGCAUGAGUCCAUUGAAUCGAGGACCUUUGCUAGGGCCUAGAGUUCCACCAGCUGGUAUAAGGCCACCUCCACCCCCAAGAUUUGGCGGCAGACUUCCUGGUUUACCACCAAGAAUGCCAUUGCUUCCUAUGAAUCCAGUUUUUGGUCCGAUGCGACAAAGAUUACCACCUCCACCGCGUCCAGGUGGUGUAAGCCGUCCUAGUGGACCAAUGCCACUGUUUGGUCCAAGAGUUAGAGGUAUGGCUCCAAUGGUUCCACCAAUGGGUUUACGAGGUGCAGGACCUCAAGGACCUCCGAUAAGACCAUGGUCCAGAAGAGGAUUACCACCUCAAAUUUUACCCCACAUGAGACCACGUUUCUCUGUUGGAAAUGGCAAUGUUAAAGGCAAAUUGAAUAACAUGAAAAAAGUGAGCAAACUCGAAGAGUUAGAACUAAAGAAACCAUGGAUGACUGAUGAAAUUCGCAGUGAAAUACAAAAGAAAAAUAAGUUUUAUGCCAAGGCAAAGAAAAACAAAGAUGCAAAAGAGUGGGAAGAGUUUAAGGAUUUACGGAAUAAAGUAACAAGGAUGAUUAGAGAUGCUAAAAAUGAUUAUCUUGCAAAACAUCCUGAACAGGCUCAUCUUUAUCCAAGCGAUGAAGAACCAUACGAUCAAAGAGAUGAAAGUUACGUCAGUUCAGAAGACUAUGAGUCGUACUAUUGUGAGAUAUGUGACAGAGAUUUUCCAACAGAAGAUAGUCUGUUGGAACAUAACAAAGGACAUAAGCUCUGUGGCAUUGAUGGAUGUACCUUUUCGGCUCAUCCAUUACUUAUCGAGAAACAUAUUACUAUGCAGCAUAGUACUGGUUUAUAUCAUAGAAUAAAAAAUGUAUCAACUCCAGAAGAUAUUAAAAACUGGCUGCUGGAGCGAAAAAAGAGAUAUCCAACAAAAGCUAAUAUCGAUUUACGAAAGGCAGAAACAAUGGAAAAAGAACAAAGAGGAGAAAUAAUUAAGCAAAAACAAGACGUUACGAAGCGAAAGAAAAAGAAAGCGUUGAGAUCUCAUAAUCGAAAACGAACAACCCAGAAUCAAUCUACACAAAUUUUUAGCGAGAGUAUACAACAAGUGGAAACAUAUAGGGGUUUACAUGAAUUUUCUGGAACAUUAAAUUUACGAGAAGUUGAAGAGCAAACGGAAGAUCAAACUAAUGACGGAAGUAACAAAAACGAGAACGAGAAAAUUUGUCAUUUAAUUUCGGACGAAGAGGAAAUACCAGUUACAUCGAGUGAACCAAGAAUUCCUACGACUUGCAUAUCUAAUUUAGUAGCAAAUUACGGAAGUGAUUCUGAAGAAAGUGAUGCCCCAGAAGAGCUACCAAUUAAGAAAAUUAGAAUAGAUGACGACAUAAGAAUAGAAAAAAAUAAUAGUAAAAGUGAAGAUAGAUUAGAUAAAAAUGCAGUAGUUAGUAACACACAGGAACAUUCUAAUCCACAGUUACCAGUAUGUUUGAAUAUAAACUCUAAAUUUCAAAAUAAACGAAGUACUGACCUAAAUCGACAUUCAAAAGAGAAAAGACAGAUAGCAACUAUAAGUAAAAAACAACCGUACACUUCGCAGUUAUUAGAAAAAUUACUAUCGCGAUCUAUUCAACACGAAAGAAAUUUAAUUUGUCAAUGUGUAAAAUAUAUAGUAGAUAAUAAUUUCUUGGAUUAAUAAUGAUGAAAUUUGUAACCGUGACGACUAUUAUUAACUAUCUCAUUUUUAUACAAUGUUUUUUGACAUAGAAAAAAUAAAUAGUAUGAAACAUAAUCAUCGAUUCAUCAUUU